AUGGAAAGCACCGUCUCGAUCCACCAUGGUCCCUACGAGUCUAUCCCUGCCACAGCUUCACCAGGUCUUAAAUUUCUCCGACGAUUCCUACCAGCACUAGACUCCCUGACUCCCGCCGAAACUCCCAUCAGCCCUUUCUUCACACCGAGCGCUCCCAUCCUUAUCGGCAGCGAUCCACCAACAUCCGCAAGCCAGGCAGUUCCUCUCCUCGAAGUGCGCAGCCGUCACAUCUGCAAAUUCCACCACCAUGUUUAUCUCGCCUGGGAUAUCGACCUUGGGAGUGACACAGGCCCUGUCCAUACGUCGUACAGCAGGACCGCUCCAGACCAAGAGGCCGCCGAAAAAGGACAGCUCUAUGCCCCGCUAGCGGGGAACAUCCGAAUGAAGCGCACAGUUAUGUUCGAGGCGACAUCCGAAACAACAUUCAAGGAGGACCCCGACCAGUUCGCAGUUCGAGUCCGUGAGUUCAACGUCCUCGAUCUGGAAGGCCGCGAUGAGUCGGAUCUGCAAAUCGUUGAAAUGCGGAUCUUUUUGGAUCAGAGACCUGUUCAGGCCCAUUCGGCAAGCCUGUUUACGGGGUCGGGGUAUUCUGGAUCUUAG